AUUCGCUGAGCCCCUGUCACGUGUGACCUGAGAAAGCUUUGUCAUCACAAGUCGACUCGUAGGGCGUUCCUUGCAUCGAGCAAGGACUUGUUAGAUCCAACAAACUGCUCGAGGACAUCGACUUGAUCGACACUGGCGAUUUAAAUUGUGGUUGUCUUGAUCGUCAUUCACAGUGACGACGAAAUUAUUCACACUCGCUAGGUUGCCAACCAUCAAAGCAGCAACGGUUACUAGCAGCCGCGAUGAGUGUCCAUCGACACACGCCAUCUUCAACACGCCGUCAAAGUAAAAUCACAAUAGAAUAUCAUCGUCCUUCAAGAGAGAGCGUUCAAGAAUAUACGGAUCUACUAGCGGACCCAGCUCUAGCUGCUGCUACAGUUGCUCAAGCGGCAACUUACAGUUACAAAGAUCCUUAUUCAACAAGUUCUCUACCUUCAUUGACUCCUUCUCGCUCUGCACCACAACCGCCAUCAACCCGUAGUAAAACACCAAUCGAUCCCUCUUCACCAAAAGUUAGGAAUAGUCUGCACAAAGCACAGUCAAGAGGAAGGAAACAUAGCCUUUCAGCUCCAGAUCCUUUUGCUGCAGCUCCAAUAAAACAACAAAUGUCACCUACUCCUCCUACUCGUCCAAGUAGGGCAAACACCGCAACUCUAAACGAUAUCUUUACAAGCAGUAGCCCCAUCGCAACACGUCGUCUAUCAGUGCCAAUCACAGAUACUCCAUACACUUCAGAGCCAGUCGACAUCCUACCCGAUCUACCCGCAAUUACAAGUACGAAUUCCGGUACUCGCAGUCGUAGCGCCACUACCGUAAAGCUUAAAAAGGGUGGCAUGCUGGGUGGCAUGUUCGACUUUCUCGCUCCUUCAAAGCGUCCAGAAAUCAGCACUCCUUACGAUCCUGUUCACCUUACACAUGUCGGUUUCAACUCUUCCACAGGCGAGUUCACAGGUCUCCCAAAGGAAUGGCAGCAGCUACUCCAAGAAUCCGGUAUCAGCAGGAGCGAACAAGAAAAGAACCCCCAAGCAGUUAUGGAAAUCGUAAAGUUCUAUCAAGAAGGAAGAGGCGACGUAUGGGACAAGAUGGGUGCCGUAGGCGUCGAGCAAUCUACAAGCGCCAACGAGGGUUUCGCCAAUCCACGCAGCGCACCUCAACCUCCAAAAAAGCCCCUUCCUUCCCCUUCAAUUCCCUAUGCUCCAUCACCCGCCACGACCCCCAUCCGCCCAGCACCCCCCCUCCCAGCAGCUGCACUCGACCGCAGUACAUCCCAACGAGCACCUCCCAAAUCAUCCAAAUCCCAGGACCUGGGACGCGCCAACACAACCAUGACCCGGGUUCGAUCCCCUAGUAUCGGCACUAGCCAGACCGAUCUUAGCACCAAAGGUCAAAGGGACCGCGACCGCGAACGGGAUCGCGACCGUGACCGUGAAAGAGAGCGUGAAAGAGAUCGUGACCAGCCUAAGCCCGCACCACCACCCCCACAACCCCCAACCCUCGCAAAGCAAGCUGGGAUCGCUACCCCGCGUCGCAGGGAGAAAAAGGGCGGCGGUGAUAAAGAAGACGAUAUCAUCAAGCGGCUGCAGCAGAUAUGCACCGAUGCAGAUCCGACGAAGCUAUACCGAAACCUCGUCAAGAUCGGGCAAGGUGCCUCUGGAGGCGUGUACACAGCAUACCAAGUGGGCACCAAUUUAUCAGUCGCGAUCAAGCAAAUGGACUUGGAUAAACAACCCAAGAAAGACCUCAUUAUCAACGAGAUUCUCGUCAUGCGCGCUUCUCGACACCCGAAUAUCGUAAACUACAUCGACUCGUUUUUGCACAAGAACGACCUUUGGGUCGUGAUGGAGUAUAUGGAGGGGGGAAGCUUGACAGAUGUCGUUACUGCGAACUUGAUGACAGAGGGCCAGAUUGCUGCUGUGAGCAGGGAAACGUGCCAGGGGCUGGAGCACCUCCAUCGUCAUGGCGUUAUUCAUAGGGAUAUCAAGAGCGAUAACGUGUUGUUGAGCCUUGGGGGGGAUAUUAAACUCAGUGAGUGGCUCUCUUACGUGUGGUCGUGUCAUUUUGACGUGCCCGCAGCGGACUUUGGGUUUUGCGCGCAGAUUUCAGACCCUGCAAGCUCGAAGCGCACGACGAUGGUAGGCACGCCUUAUUGGAUGGCCCCGGAGGUGGUGACCAGGAAAGAGUAUGGGCCUAAGGUUGAUAUCUGGAGUUUGGGGAUCAUGGCCAUCGAAAUGAUUGAAGGCGAACCCCCGUAUCUCAACCAAAACCCACUUAAAGCGCUCUAUUUGAUCGCCACGAACGGAACGCCUACGAUUGCGAACCCCGAGGCGCUUUCGUCGAUAUUUAGUGAUUAUCUUGCAAAGACGUUGGAGGUGGACGCUGAGAAACGACCUACGGCGAGCGAGUUGUUGCAGCAUCCGUUCUUUAAACAGUGCGAACCGCUCCGCACACUUUCACCCCUUAUCAAAGCUGCGCGGGAGAUUGCUAAGAACAAGUGAUCUGUUCGUCUUCCAUCCCAUUCCUGUCCUAGGCCAUAACGGUAACCCGCGCUCUACACCUGAACUUUAAGCUUCUUGUUGCUCCAUGCCGAACCAUCUACCUCUUGCAUCUACCCGCCCACUGUAACGCACUCGCUGAUACCAAAUCCG